ACUAACGAAUCACACUUGAAGCGAUACACCAAAGCUUCUUUUCUCAAUCGCCGAUCAAAGAACAGCCAUGGACGGCCUAAUCCCUAUGGCGUAUCGUGCCCUCAAGAGCUACAAAGCUCAUCGAGGCUACAAGGGCCUCUCCACCGCCGCCGCCGCCGCCGCUGAAGAUCUCCACGACAGCGCCGACAACAACACCUCCUCCAGCAAGAGAGUUGGGUUCUUCGACAACCGUGAGCAAAAGCUACUCGAAGAAGGGCGUAGCAGCAGAGCUGCGAGGAAGCAGCCGCAGGAGAUCCGGCAGAAGCGUAAUAGAGAGCAUUCAUUGUUCGUUCCAUCGAUGUAGAGGUUAGCGAAAGAGCUAAACCCAGCCAAAAAAAAAAACAUAAUAAUAAAAUAAAGAACUCGGAGAGUCUUGCACUCUCCCGUGGACUAGUCCCGAUUUCUUUCGGGGAAACCACGUAAAAAUCGUGAGUCUCGUGUUUGUUUAUGUUUUUCGUAUUUUCGAUUUUGGUCGGUUCGAUAUAAUUAACAUAGUAGACUAGAUUAUGGAUCUCAGACAAGUAUUGUGAACAAGUUUCAAUUUUUUGCGCAAAUCAAGUAACAAAGUAUUGCAACCUAGCUAAUCGCAAGAUGAUCGAAAAUCUGAUGAACAAAUUGACAGGUGAUAAUAUAUUCAUUUAAGUGAACGUGCCCAAACACCCCUAUAUUACGUAUUAAAGUAUCGAGAUUAGACAUGUAUAUUCAUUUGAUUGGACGGUUCGAGUUGAGCAUGUUUGUUUAUUUAGAGAUCAACUUUGGGGCAAAUCAUCUUAUUCAUGACAUCUUUUACUUCUAGAUGAACAUAUCCUAUUUUAAAUGUCCGUUGUGGCUCCAUUCGAUAUUUUGGUUGGAUUAUUUCCCGAUUAAUAUGAAGGUAUAGAAAUUAACAUAAGAGUCAAAUAGAGACUCUCAUUUUAACGUCUCGACUUCUAAACAAUUUUUGUUUUCAAAAAAUGUGAAUCGAUCACUCAACUUUGAUUUUCAAAAAAUCAAUUACUACAAUUAAUGAUAACUAACGUAGUAAUACGUUCAUCUUCGUCCGAUUUCUCAUUUGGACAAUUGGUAAUCAAAGUUUUGCAUCACAAACGAUUGCAACCAGAUCACGGCAAGGAUUGUAAAACCUUAUGGGAGGGUAUACAGGAAAAUUCAGCGAUAUGAUGUUUUAUGCUGAAAUCAUGGUACAACAGUUUCGUACCGCUAGAUACUACGUACCUACCAAUUAGACUCCGAUAGGAAGUUUUUUUAGUACUGGGUACGAUUUUUCAAUCCUUGCUUCUGGGUGACAAUGAUCUAUCAUACCAGAGAACGAUUAUACUUAUUCAUGAUCAUUAAUUUUCCCACUUUUACGGUUUAUCGCGCAAUCAAAUCAGAAUACACAUUUCAUUAAUCAAAUGUGUUCAUAACAAUAUUGCACGAACAAUUAAAAACAAAUUACAAAUGAGAAAAGAAGAAAGAGCAAAUUAUUGCAAGUAGAAAUCAACGAAGGAGACGAUGGAGGCACCCACCAAAGACCGAAUAGACGGCAAGGCACCGGCAGCGCCGCUCGUCGGUGCAUCGGCGGCGGCGGCGAUCCCCUCGGUGGCAGCAGACGGGCCAAAAACAGCUAUAAGUAGUCUGUAACUCGCUCUCAUGCUGCGAUAACUUAUUAAUCAUAAAAAAACCGGUUGCUACAUUUUAGUGCGGUGUAUUUUCAUACGUGCUGACUUAUUAACUUUUAUUCUCUAUUUUUGUUUGAGCCUAACUGGGUGUAGGAGGGAGACUCGGAGAAAUGGGUCAAGGAGAGUAAGCAAGGAGGGAUUAACCGUCGAUAGAAGAAUUGUGGAGAUUACAGGAAGGAUUGAGAGAGAAAUAUUUUAGAGAGAGAAGUUGAUGAUCUUAGAGAUAGAGUCCGAAAAAUCCGAUCCCCUCACCCAUCGGAGUAAAUGCCAUAUUUAUAG